AUAAUAAAUUCCUUCUAAAUUUGUUUUAAAUUUUCCUUCUAAUUGAUCUUUUAUGUAAUUUUAGUACAAAAUAAACAGGUAGAUUUUGAAUUGUUUACCCUUUCUCUUCCUUUCUCUGUUGGGGAACACAGAAACACAAAAUAACAAUACCGAGAAACUGAGAUAUAAAAUCAUUCAACUGAAGCGAGCACAGACAGGCUUUUCAGAUUGGGACGAGAGGGAACAAGUUAGGGUUCUCAGUUCUCACAGACAAUAAAACAAACACCUGGUCCGCGGUCUCAAAACCUCGAAAUUCAGAACCCAAAGAAUGUCAUCUAUAUACGUGUCGGAGCCUCCGACCAAAGGCAAAGUCUCACUCAAGACAACCUACGGUCCAUUGGACAUAGAGCUCUGGCCUAAAGAGGCUCCUAAAGCCGUACGCAACUUCGUCCAGUUAUGUCUUGAAGGCUAUUACGAUGAUACAAUUUUUCAUCGUAUUAUUAAGUCUUUUAUGGUCCAGGGCGGUGAUCCUACGGGCACUGGCAAAGGUGGUGAAAGUAUAUAUGGAGGUACAUUUUCUGACGAGUUCCAUUCACGCCUCAGGUUCAAUCACAGGGGCUUGGUUGCAUGUGCGAAUGCUGGAUCACCAAAUUCAAAUGGUAGUCAGUUCUUCAUAACGUUGGAUCGUUGUGAUUGGCUUGAUCGUAAACAUACGAUUUUCGGAAAGGUAACUGGAGAUUCAUUAUACAAUCUCUUAAACUUUUCUGAUGUUGAAACUGAUGCGGAUGAUCGACCAGUAGAUUCUCCCCCUAAACUGAUUUCAGUCGAGGUGAUAUGGAACCCAUUUGAUGAUAUUGUUCCAAAGGCUGCCCCAGCUAAAGUUUUGGUCUCGUCAAAUGAUUCUAGCAACAGAGAUACAAAAAGGAAGGCUUCAAAAAAGCUGAACCUGCUUUCAUUUGGAGAAGAAGCUGAAGAGGAGGAAAAAGAAUUGGCAGCGGUGAAGGUGAAAAUUAGAAGUAGUCAUGAUGUAUUAGAUGAUCCUCGUUUGCUGAAGGAAGACGGUUCAACUGGCAAAUUGAGUGAAUCAGAAGCCAAAGCUGUAAAAGAUGUGCAGUUAAGUGUGAGAGAAGCUUUAAGUUCAAAGAAGGAUGAAUCCUGGAAAGAGACGCACACUAAAUUUUCUGAGACUCUUGCUGAUAGCGAUGAUGACGAGGCCAACUUUGAUAACAGGAUGCGGUUGCAAAUACUUAAGAAAAGGAAGGAGCUUGGAGAUCAUUCAACUAAGCAAAAAUCACACAAUGAGAGUUCAACUCCAAGGAAUCGUGAACGCUCCUAUUCUCCACCCAGGUCAAAUGCCAAAAAUUCCGAUGAUCAACCAAAAGUGGAGAAGUUGUCUUUGAAGAAGGGAAUAGGAUCUGAAGCCAGGGCCGAGCGUUUGGCCAAUGCUGAUGUGGACUUGCAACUGUUGGGAGAAGCUGAACGAGAUAGGCAGCUACAAAAGCAGAAGAGGCGCCGGCGUCAUGGGCACGAAGAUGAUGUGCUAGCAAAGCUUGAAAAGUUUAAGGCCACCAUGUCCUCCAAAUCUGUUGGAGCUGAUGGUGAAUCUGGAGGGCACAAGGAUGAGGACUUGUCUGACUGGACAAAAGUUAAGCUCAAGUUUGAACCUCAAUCUGGAAAGGAUAAUAUGACUCGCAGUGAGAAUGUGAACGACUAUGUAGUUCAUGACCCUCUUCUUGAGAAGGGAAAGGAGAAGUUCAACAAAAUGCAAGCAAAGCAAAAGCGACGAGAACGAGAAUGGGCUGGCAAGUCGCUUACAUAGUCCAGACUUGGUCCUCUCUAUUUGAAGUUAUGCUGGAUUUGGCAAGGUCACUCAUAUAGAACUUAAAUCUCAGCUAAUUCUGCAGAGUAUUUAAAUCUAUUGAUCUGUAUAGCUGUUGGCUUGAACUGCAUAAUGGGACAUCAAUCUGUUGGUUGUGCAAAUCCUUCCAAGCUGCAAAAGCAUCAUCAUUACCUUAUUCUGGAAUCCCACCCUCUUUUGUGACUUUACUGCAUAGCGGCCAGUCGGCCACCAUUGAGUGAUCUUGUAUAAUAGGAUCAUAGUACAUUUUGAUCCAUGUCAAUUGUAAAAUAUUAGAAGACAGCUGCAAUAGCAGCAAAUAUUCUCCGUUACAAUCAAUUUAGCUCCUUAUAAGUAAUCAGCAACUGAUGACGUGACUAUAAUGUGUUGAUGUUGUUUCUCUAUAUAACAAAGGUCAUAUUUGUUUUUA